ACGAUGUGAGCGCCCCCUGUCUGAAAGAGCUAAACACUGGUCUUCCCAUGGAGGAGAGGAGGAGGCCAGAGAAGAAGAUGCUGUCAUCCUCUCCUUAAGCGAAUGAGCGCGUUAAUGGGCUCAUUUUUAAACCUUCGUGCGCAAAUAACCCAGUGAUCUUUGCGCUCUGUCUGAGUCGUUCAGGACGAGGACGAUGAUGAUGAUGGCGUCCCGCUGCACAGUGCAAGCCGUGCAGGAGUUCCUGUCGGAGAGAGGAGGGAGGGUCCAACAGAUGGAGCUGAUCGAUCAUUUCCUAUCGCUGAAUGAACAGUCGAAGGAAGGGGUGGAUCGCGAGGUGCUGAAAAGCAUCGUUGACAGCGUGGGUUUCGUGAAGGUAGAAAACGGCGUGAAAUUUGUGUGUUUGAACAGUGAAGGCAGCGGGGCGUCGGUGAUGCGUACAGACGUAGAUGGCCACGAUGGUGCGGAGUGCAAUGGCAACAUCCAAGAGACGCUGGACAACAACUGUGUCAACGGCAAUCAUGAUAAGGGCGACCAAACAGGGGUCCACUUUCCACUGGACAAUGACAAACAGACAAAUGGCAAUAAGAAACCUGCAACCCCAUCCCAGAGCAAGACCAGCACAGGAGUUCCUACCCCUGGUGGAGGAGGUGAAGUGAAGCUAAGAGACAGAAGGAGACGAGAGUCAGCUCCAGUUCUUGGGAUGCCAGAUCUCGACCAGGCCCAACCCGGAGGAUCUCAUAACCAGCAGACAAGAGGGGCACGCAGGGUGUCUAGAGGGUCACAGCGUGCCAUGCUGACCAGCUGCCUGUCUGAAGACAGUGCUCUGGAGGGACUGGACCAUAUAGGAGAUAUCCAAACACCCAAAGGAAGUCGCAGGAACUUCAUAGAGCUGAUGAUGAGUAGUUCUCCUCAGGUGCGGAGAUCUCUGAUCAACCGUGGGUCACGCCUCCGGGACUCGGUUAAGAGCGAAGGCGACUCGGCGUCCCUCCUCUCCUCAGCCACUGACGAGGACUGCGCCUCAGUAACCCUGGACCCUCUAGAGCACGAGUGGAUGCUGUGCGCCUCAGACGGCCUGUGGGACAGCCUUCAGCCCCUGCUUGCUGUCGAACCCAGCCUGGUGACCAAGAGAGACUUUGUGACUGGUUUUACCUGCCUCCACUGGGCAGCUAAGCAGGGAAAAGCUGAGCUGCUGUCUCAGCUGCUCACCUUUGCCAAAGAGAACACUAUACCUGUGAAUGUGAAUGUGAGAUCAAGUGCUGGUUACACACCGCUGCACCUGGCCGCCAUGCAUGGACACACCCAGGUGGUUCGUGUCCUGCUGUCAGACUGGGAUGCAGACCCUGAAGCUCGAGAUUACAGCGGGAGGAGACCAAUGCAGUACUUGUCCCCACCGCUAGCUGCUGACCUGCUGGAAGAAGGAGUGGUCACCUCACCGGGACCUGAGUCAGACAGUGAGAACAACGGCAGCGGCAGAGGUCGGGGCUGGAGAUUUGCCAAAGUCCUCCAAGGGAAUCUGAACCCGCUCCGGCUGCUGAAUUCACCAACAGAGGCAUCAGAAGAUGGAACGGGGAACGGGAAGAGUAAAGGGGGGAUGCAGAGGAAGACGUCUUUGAGCCGACUGAAUGCCCGGCUGCACAGAGGACGCCACAGAGCCCAGAUCAUCCACAGCGCCUCCUUCAGGGACACAGGAGAGGUGGGAAGAGGAGAGGAGCUACACAGCAGUCCUCUUCGAACGAGACCGCUGUCCAACCUGUUUGGAUAAAUCUACACCACUCUAAGCCAGCGACACAGUGUUUUUAUUUGUAGCAUAGGUAUCUUUUAUUAUCUGACAGGUCAGAUAUUUUAGUGACAAAAUAUAACAGUGCAGAAACUAACACAUUUUACAAAAUUUUCUAAAAUUCUAGUUUAUUUUUGUUCCUGUUGCAGUUAUUGUUUGUCACUGAGGGAAGGGUACAGUCACGUGACAGUUUAUUUGCCUUGGCUAGACUGUGAAUUCUUUCAAACUUGAUUUUUGUUUUGACUUUUUUUUCCCCCUUUAUUUAAUUUGGACAACUAACAUCACAAAGAUAGUUUAAAUAUGUUACAGUACAGUUAUGUUCAUAAAAAUGCAAAAGCAACAAGCAGUAUUGUAGAAAGUUUUCACUUUGAAGCACUUUGGUUUGUUUCCUCACCGCGUUUCUGUUUGCAGAGUAAUAUAUAUUUACACACACUAUUAGUCUGAAAUUAGAUGGUGCUGACGUUUUUUUUAGUACAUUCAUUGUGAACAAAUAUUUUAUUUUUUAAA